AUCGGUGAUAUCGUUUGAGUUUUUUAUGCAGUGUCGUCGUCGUCGGAAGCGUCAUUGCUGACUUGGUGACAAUGGACAGAAUGGACAGGAAGGAUCUUCAGGAAACUAGUAACAAUUUACCGGAUAAAACUACAUCGAAAAAUGCCAGCACAAAUUCACUGGACACAGAUUCAAAAUCCAGUUCGAUAGGCUCCAAACAUGGCAACGAGACUGGGUCAUCAAAAGACACGCCCUUUACCUAUUUGGAGGGUGAAGAAGAUCAAGACCAAAAGAAUGAUGUUACCUAUGUCUGUCCGUACCGGGGUCCAGCCUAUGGGGCACUGACAAUAACCAAUUAUCGUUUGUAUUUCCGUUCAUUGCCGCUCAGAGAUCAUGAACCGCCUGUGGUUGUGGACAUACCGUUGGGCGUUAUUGCUCGUGUGGAGAAAAUCGGUGGAGCCUCCUCGCGAGGCGAAAAUUCAUAUGGUAUUGAGAUAUUUUGCAAGGAUAUGAGAAAUUUACGUUUUGCCCAUAAGCAACAGAAUCAUUCCCGUCGUACAGUAUUUGAAAAGUUGCAGUCGUAUGCCUUUCCCUUGUCCUACAGUGGCAAGUUGUUUGCUUUUGCCCAUGCAGCAGCCAUUGGCAGCUCCGCGGCUGGAGAAAAUGGUUGGAAUGUGUAUGAGCCAUUGGCAGAGCUAAGGCGUUUGGGUGUGCCCAAUGAUAUGUGGAGAGCUACGAAGAUUAAUGAAAAUUAUACGGUAUGCGAUAGUUACCCAGCCGUGUGGGCAGUACCAAAACAGGCAUCAGAUGAUUUCUUGAGGCGGGUGGCUCAGUUUAGGUCACGCUGUCGUUUGCCCGUUCUGUCGUGGAUGCAUCCCCGCUCUCAGGCCACGAUUACCAGGUGUUCCCAACCUUUGGUGGGAGUGGGUGGCAAACGCAGUGCCGACGAUGAACAAUAUUUGAAUUAUAUUAUGGAGGCAAAUGCCCAAUCGGACAAGUUGGCCAUCAUGGAUGCCCGGCCCAGUGCCAAUGCCAUUGCUAAUAAGGCCAAGGGUGGAGGCUACGAAUCGGAGGAGGCAUAUAAAAAUGUUGAAAUUCACUUUUUGGAUAUUCAUAAUAUCCAUGUGAUGAGGGAAAGCUUGAGGAAAGUAAAAGAGGUAUGCUACCCCACCAUUGAUGAUUCGAAAUGGUUGUCAUCCAUUGAUAACAGCCUGUGGUUGAAACACAUCAAAUGUAUAUUGGCCGGUGCGGUACGCAUUGUUGACAAGGUAGAGACAAUGAGUACUUCCGUGGUGGUCCAUUGUUCGGAUGGUUGGGAUCGUACCGCCCAAUUGACUGCCCUGGCCAUGUUGCUGUUGGAUCCAUAUUACAGGACUUUGCGGGGAUUGGAGGUACUCAUCGAAAAGGAAUGGCUUUCAUUUGGCCAUAAAUUCCAGCAACGUAUUGGCCAUGGAGACAAUCGUCAUUCCGAUGCCGAUCGCUCGCCGGUCUUUUUGCAAUUCAUUGAUUGUGUUUGGCAGGUGUCCCAACAAUAUCCCAAUGCUUUUGAAUUUAAUGAACAUUUCCUUAUAACCAUUAUCGAUCAUUUGUAUUCGUGUCGUUUUGGUACAUUCCUCGGCAAUACGGAAUAUGAUAGGGUGCAGGAAGAUCUUAAACACAAAACAAUAUCGCUAUGGACCUACAUCAACUCGUCGGUGGAUCAAUAUUUGAAUCCGUUGUAUCCCUCGUUUACACAGGGUGCCCAAACUGUGUUGCGUCCCAUUGCAAGCAUGCGUAUUGUCAAGAUAUGGAAGGGACUCUAUUGCCGCUGGAAUCCCAGUAUGCGACCACAAAAUAAAAUCUAUAAUCGCACAAGGGAACUGUUGACCAUGCAGGAACAGUUGGUAAAACAGGUCACCGAGAAACGUCUGAAGGCCAAUAUGCGCCAGACCACACAGGCGGCAUCUCGCCUGGCUUCUCCAAUGCAUUAGAUAGGGGAAUUUUAUGAUUAUUAUUAUUAUUUUUUUCUUGUAAUUUGUUGGAAAUUUAGAGAUAAUGCCUUCUUUUUUAUUAGAAUUUUUUAGAUAUAUUUAUAUUCUUUUUUUUU